UUUGUAUUUUUAGUAGAGACGGGUUUUCACCGUUGGCUAGGAUGGUCUCGAUCUCUUGACCUUGUGAUCUGCCCACCUCGGCCUCCGGAAGUGUUGGGAUUACAGGCGUGAGCCACCGCACCCAGCCUCACUGUGAUUUUGAUCUGGAUUUCCUUAAUGACUAAUGAUGUUGCCCAUCUUUUCUUGUGCUUGUUGGUCAUUUAUAGAUCUUCAUUGCAGAAAUGUCUAUUCAAGUCCUUUGACCAUUUUAAAAUUGGGUUGUUUAUCUUUUUGUUGUUGAGUUUUAGAGAUUCCUUCUAUAUUCUGGAUAUCAAAUUAGAUAUGACUCACAGAUAUAUUAUAAAAUAUAUAUUCUCCCAUUCUAAGCGUUGUCACUUUCUUGAUGGUAUCCUUUGAUGUGCAAAAGUUUUAAAUUUAAUUUUUAUCUGUUGUUUUCUUUUGUUGCUUGUGCUUCUGUUGUCAUAUUUACAAAUCCAUUGCUAAAUCUCAGUUCAUGAAGAUUUACCCCUAUGUUUUCUUCUAAGAGUUUUUUGUUUUUUUUUUGAAACGAGGUCUCGCUCCUUUCCCAGGGAUGGAGUGCAGUGGCACGAUCUCAGCUCACUGCAGCCUCCACCUCCCGGGUUCAAGCAAUUCUCCUGCCUCAGCCUCCAAAGUAUUUGGGAUUACAGGUGCCUGCCACCACACCUGGCUAAUUUUUGUAUUUUUAGUAGAGACGGGGUUUCACUGUGGGCCAGUCUGGUCUUGAACUGCUGACCUCAAGUGAUCUGCCCACCUUGGCCUCCCAAAGUGUUGGGAUUACAGGCAUGAGCCACUGUGCCAGCCUCUUCUAAGAGUUUUAUGGUUUUAGCUUACGUUUAGGUAAUUGGUCAAUUUUAAGUUAAUUUUUGUAUAUGGUGUGAAUUAGGGGUCCAACUUCAUUCUUUUGUAUGUGGAAAUCCAAUUGUCUUGGUACCAUUUGUUGAAGAGUCUAUUCUCCAUUGAUUAGACUUGGCAUCCUUGUCAACAAUCAUUUGGCUGGGCCAGGCAUGUGGUUCACACCUGUAAUCCCAGCACUUUGGGAGGCCAAAGUUUCAUCUAGAGAUGAAACCCCAUCUCUAGAAAAAUACAAAAAAUUAGCUGGGCAUGGUGGCAUGUGCCUGUAGUCCCAGGUACUUGGGAGGCUGAGGUAGGAGAAAUCACCCGAGCUGGGAGUUUGAGGUUGCAGUGAGCUGUGAUUGUACCACUGCACUCCAGCCUGGGUAAUGGAGUGAGACUCUGUCUCAAAAUAAAUGUAUAGUUUUAUUUCUGUACAUUCCAUUUUAUUCCAUUGGUCUAUAUGUCUGUACUUAUGCUGGUACCACACUAUUUUGAUUACUAUAACUUUGUAGUAAAUUUAUAAAUAGAGAAGUGUGAGUUCUUUGACUUUGUUUUUUGUUUUUUUUCCCCAAGAUUGUUUUGUUAUUCAGAACCCCUCGCAAUUCCAUCUGAAUUUGAAAAUUGGCUUUUCCAUUUCUACAAAGUAGGCUGUUGGAAUUUUGAUAGGGAUUAUGUUGAAUCUGUAGAUCACUUUGGGUAGUAUUGACAUCUUAACAAUAUUAAGUCUUCUUUCCCUAAAACACAGAAUGUCUUUUUAUUUAUUUUUAUUUGGGUCUAUAAUUCCUUCAGUGAUUUUUUUUUGUAGUUUUAAGUGUAUAAGUCUUUCACCUCUUUGAUUAAAUUUAUUCCUAGCUGUGUUAUUCCUUUUUAUUAUUAUUAUUAUUAUUUUUAUUUUUUGAGACAGAGUCUUGUUCUGUCACCCAGGCUGGAGUGCAGUGGCACGAUCUUGGCUCACUGCAACCUCCAUCUCCCGGGUUCAAGUGAUUCUUCUACCUCAGCCUCCCGAGUAGCUGGGGUUACAGGUGCCCAUCACCACCCAGGCUAAUUUUUAUAUUUUUGUAGAGAUGGGGUUUCACCAUGUUGGCUAGGCUGGUCUCAAACUCUUGACCUCAGGUGAUCUGCCUGCCUCGGCCUCCCAAAGUGCUGGGAUUACAGGCAUGAGCCACUGUGCCAGGCCCAUUAUAAUUUAUUUUAAGAGAUUUUUCAGGCAGAUUGUCAUGGCUCACACUUAUAAUCCUAGCACUUUGGGAGGCAGAAGCAGGAGGAUUGCUUGAGCCCAGGAGUUCAAGACCAGCCUGCGCAGCAUGGUGAGAUCCAAUUAAAAAAAAAAGAAAAAAGAAGCUAUGAGACCCAAUGAAAAAAAAAGAAAAAAGAAGCUGGGUGUGAUGACACAUGGCUGUGGUCCCAGCUACUUGCGAGACUGAGGUAGGAAGAACACUUGAAUCCUGGAGGUUGAGGCUGCAGUGAGCUGUUUUCAUGUCACUGCACUCCAGCCUGGGCAACAGAGCAACAUCCUCUUUCCCCUUAAAAAAAGAUUGCUACUUAUGCCUGCACCUGAGCCCAGGCACACAUCUGGAUUAGAAGAUGCCAGCCUCGGAGGAUCUUCCUAAAGGCAAGGACCAGAUGCAUUCACACAGGAAACGAACCAUGUUCACUGAGAAGCAACUGGAAGAUCUGAACAUCUUGUUCAAUGAGAACCCAUACCCAAACCCCAGCCCUCAGAAAUAAAUGGCCUCGAAAAUAGACAUACACCCAACAGUACUCCAGGUCUGGUUCAAGAACCACAGAGCAAAACUCAAGAAAGCCAAAUAAAAGCAUAUUCAGCAAAAACAAGAAACUCCACAACCGCCAAUACCGGAGGGUGGAAUCACCACCAGUGUCGGCCUGAGAAAUGCAGACACACUACCCAGAUUGCCCAACACUGCUCACCUGAUUGGCCUGGUGUACAUGGGUCAUCGGGUACCCUCUUUCCAGCUCAUCCUGUACCCCAACCUCAAGGUCCCUGCAGAUGACUUCGUUGGCCACAGAAUAGUCCAUUUUGGCUGCUGCCAAGCUCCUAACAUAUAUGGCUUCUACCCCAUUUUGGAAUCCCAAGUUUGGGCUCCAAGCUUCAAUUCUGACUCUUCUGCCUGUUCAUCUGUACAAAGUUGAGAGAUGAUAAAUACAAAAAGUCACAUGUAAAAAUAAAUAAAUACUAAAAAAAUUUUUUUUGUUUGUUUUUUUGAGAUGGUGUCUCGCUCUGUUGCCAGACUGGAGUGCGGUGGCGUGAUCUCUGCUCACUGCAACCUCCACCUCCCUGGUUCAAGUGAUUCUCCUGCCUCAGUCUUCCCAGCAGCUGGGAUUACAGGCACACGCCACCACACCUGGCUAAUUUUUGUAUUUUUAGUAGAGACGGGGUUUCACCAUGUUGGCCAGGAUGGCUUUGAACUCCUGACCUCAUGAUCCACCCGCCUCGGCCUCCCAAAGUGCUGGGUUUACAGGCAUGAGCCACCACGCCCAGCCUAUUUCAAUUUUUUUUGAAUGUUUUAAGACUUGUUUUUGUGACCUGACAUAUGUUAGGUCUUAGAUUUUGUGACCUAUCCUUGAGAAUGAUCAUGUGCUGAGGAAAAGAUCCAUGUGUAUUCUGUAGCGUGGAUGUAAAUGUUCCGUAAAUAUCUAUUAGGUCCAUUUGAUCUAUAGUACAGAUUAAGUCCAAUAUUUCCUUGUUACUUUUCUGUCUGAAUAAUUUGUUCAAUGCCAAAAGUGGGUUGUUGAAGUCUCCAGCUGUUAUUGUAUUGGAGUCUGUCUUCUCUUUGGCUCUAAUAAUACUUGCUUUACAUGUCUGGGUGCUUUAGUGUUGGUGCAUAUAUAUUUACAGUUGUUAUAUCUUCUUACUGAAUUGACUCCAUCAUUAUAAACUUUGUCUUUUAUUAUAGAUUUUGUUUUGAAAUCUAUUUGUCUGAUAUAUGUAUAGCUAAUCCUGCUCUUUUUUGGUUUCCAUUGGCAUGGGAUAUAUUUUUCCAUCCCUUUAUUUUCAGUCUAUAUGUGCCUAUAGAUGAAGUGUGUUUCUUGUAGGGAAUAGAUCAUUGGGUCUUGUUUUUUUAUCCAGUCAACCACUCUGUGUCUUUUGAUUGAAGAUUUUUGUUCAUUUACAUUCAAUGUUAUUGAUAAGUAAUUCUUGCCAUUUUGUUAUUUGUUCUUUGGUUGUUUUGUUUUGUGGUCUUCUCUUCCUUCUUUCCUUCUUUUCUGUCUUCCUUUAAAUGAAGAUGAUUUUCUCUGGUGCUAUGAUUUAGUUUCUUGCUUUUUAUUUUUUGUGUAUCCAUUAUAUGAUUUUUGAUUUGAGGUUACCAUGAGCUUGCAAGUAGUAUCUUAUAACCUAUUGUUUUAAGCUGAUAACAACUUGACACUGCUUGCAUGAACUACCUAACAAGCAAAAAGAAAACUAAUAAAAACUCUACACUUCAAAUUCAUCCCCUGCUAUUUAAUUUUUUGUUAUUUCUGUGUAUAUCUUAUACUAUCUAUAUGUUUGAAAGUUGUUGUAGUUAUUUUUUAUUGGUUUUCUGUGACCUUACUAUUACUAGUGAGGUUUUUGUUUUGUUUUGUUUUGAGACAGAGUUUUACUCUGUUGCACAGGUUGGAGUGCAGUGACGUGAUCUCGGCUCACUGCAACUUCCACCUCUUGGGUUCAAGAAAUUCUCCUGCCUCAGCCUCCCGAGUAGCUGGGACUACAGGCAUGCGCCACCAUGCCCAGCUAAUUUUUGUAUUUUUAGUAGUGACAGGGUUUCAUCAUGUUGUCCAGGCUGGUCUUGAACUCCUGACCUCAAGUGAUCUGCCCACCUCAGCCUCCCAAAGUGCUGGGAUUACAGGCCACUUCCUGGGUUCAAGCGAUUCUCCUGCCGCAGCCUCUGGAGUAGCUGGGAUUACAGGCGCCCACCACCACGCCCGGCUAAUUUUUGUAUUUUUGGCAGAGACGGGGUUUCACCAUGUUGGCCAGGCUAGUCUUGAACUCCUGACCUCAGGUGAUCCACCCGCCAUGGCCUCCCAAAGUGCUGGGAUUACAAGUAUGAGCCAGUGCGCCUGGCCACCUUUUCUUUUUGAUUGAAGUAUUCCCUUUAGCAUUUCUUGUAGGACAGGUCUGGUGUUGAUAAAAUCCCUUAGCUUUUGUUUGUCUGGGAGAGUCUAUUUCUCCUUCAUGUUUCAAAGCUAUUUUCACAAAUUAUAGUUUUCUAGGGUAAAAGUUUUUUCCUUCAGCACUUUACAUAUGUCAUGCCACUCUCUCCUGGCCUAUAAGGUUUCCACUGAAAAGUCUGCUGCCAGAUGUAUUGGAACUCCCUUGUAUAUUAUUUAUUUCUUUUCUCUUGCUGCUUUAGGAUCCUUUCUUUAUCCUUAACCUUUGGGAGUUUUAUUAUAAAUGCCUUCACAUAGUCUUCUUUGGGUUAAAUCUGCUUGGUGUUUUAUAACCUUGUUGUAUGUAGAUAUUGAUGUCUUUCUCUAGAUUUGGGAAGUUCCAUGCUAUUAUUUCUUUGAAUAAACUUUCUACCACUAUUUCUUUCUCUACCUCCUCUUAAGGCCAAUAAUUCUUAGAUUUGCCCCUUUGAGGCCGUUUUCUAGAUCUUGUAGGCAUGCUUCAUUCUCUUUUCUCUUUUGUCUCUUCUUACUGUGUAUUUUCAAAUAGGCUAAAUUCAAGCUCACUAAUUCUUUCUAAUACUUGAUCGAUUUUGCUAUUGAGAGACUCUGAUGCAUUCUUCAGUAUGUCAGCUGCAUUUUUCGAUUCCAGAAUUUCUGCUUGAUUUUUAAUUAUUUCAAUCAUUUUGUUAAAUUUACCUGAUAGAAUUCUGAGUUCCUUCUCUGUUAUCUUGAAUUUCUCCAAGUUUUCUUAAAUCAGCUAUUUUGAAUUCUCUGUCUGAAAGGUCACAUAUUUCUGUUUCUCCUGAAUUGGCUCUUGGUGACUUAUUUAGUUAGUUUGGUGGGGUCAUGUUUUCCUGAAUGGUCUUGAUGCUCGUGGAUGUUUGUCAGUGCCUGGGCAUUGAAGAGUUAGUUAUUUAUUGUAGUCUUCACAGUCUGGGCUUGUUUGUACCUGUCCUUCUUGGGAAGGCUUUCCAGGAAUUUGAAAGGACUUGGGUGUUGUGGUCUAAGCCAUAUCUGCAUUAGGGGGCACCCCAAGCCCAGUAAAGCUGUGACUCUUGCAGACUACUCGAGGUACCACCUUGGUGGUCUUGUAUAAGAUCCAGAAGAAUUAUCUGGAUUACCAGGCAGAGAUUCUUGUUCUCUUCUCAUACUUUCUCCAAAACAGUCUGUCUGUGUGCUGAGCUGCCUGGAGCUGGAGGUGGGGUGACAGAAGCACCUUGUGGCCAUGACCACUAGAACUGCACAGGGUCAGACCUAAAGCCAACACAGCACUGUGUCUUACCCAAGCCCCUUGUUAACCACUAUCUGGCUACCACCUAUAUUCACUCAAGGACCUAGGGCUCUAUAAUCAGCAGACGGCAAAGCCAGCCAGGCUUGUGUCCUUCCCUUCAUGGUGGCACAUUCACCCAGGCUUGGGGUGGGUCCAGAGACCCAUCUCAGCACUAGGACUUGCCUAGGAGUUGCAGUCCUUGUGGCCUAGACUGCCUUUCAAGUUUAUUUAGAGCCCCAGAGCACUUCAGCCCACAGUGGAGAGGCUUACCAGAACUCAGGUUCCAAUAACUGGGGUGGGUGAUUUGAUUCCUCUCUGGCUAGGACUGAUCUAAAUGCUCCCUCUGUGGGUAGGCGUCAGCUGAAUUCAGCCCAGUUUUGCUUUGUGAAGUGACAAGGCAAAGUCUCUCUAUUCUCUUUAUCACCAUGCUCUCCCUUUCCCGAGUGCACAGAUUCUCUGUGCAUGUGGCCCCUGACACAUGGGAUAUGGGUUGCAUUGGCAAUUCAAGACUGUUUUUCCUACCCUCUUCAGUGCCUGUUUCAGUAAUAUAAAGUUAAAACCAGGUACUGUAAGUACCCCUGAUUUUUGGUUCUUAUGAAGGUGCUUUUUUGUGUAGUUGUUAAAUUUGGUGUUCUUGUGGGAGGGAUGAUCAAUGGAGCCUUCUAUUUGGCUAUCUUGCUCUGCCCUCUCCACCCUUAAGUCUUCUGGCUUUCCCCCACUUCUCUCUGGCCCUAAACCAUUUUUAAGUAUACAGUUUGGUGAUAUGAAAUACAUUCACAAUGUUUUGAAACCAUCACUACCAUCAUUUCCAUAACUUUAAAAAAUUUUAAAUUAACAUGACUGGUUCUUCAGGGUACCAUAACUCUUUUCAACUUGCAAAAGUGGAAUUCUAGGAGGACAUUAAAGUUCUCCAUUUCCUCUUCCCCUGGCCUCUGGCAACCAUCAUUCUAAUUUCUGUCUCUGAUUUUGACUACUCUAAAUACCUCAUAUAAGUUGAAUCAUACAGUAUCUGUCUUUUUGUGACAGGCUUAUUUCACUUAGCAUAAUGUCUUCAAGGGUUAUUUAUGUUGUAGCAUAUGUCAGAGUUCCCUUCCUUUUUAAGGCUGAGUAGUAUUCUAUUGUAUGUAUAUGCCACUUUUUGCUUAUUCAUUCAUUUGUCUGCAGAUACUUGGGUUGCUUCCAUGUUUUAGCUAGUGGGAAUAAUACUGCUAUGGGCAUGAGUUUAUGAAUCUCUUUGAGAUCCUGUUUUCAAUUCUUAUAUAUCCAGAAGUGGAAUUGCUAAAUCAUAUGGUAAUUCUAAUUACAUAUAUAUACAUAUAUAUAUAUAUUUUUUUUUUUGAGAUGGAGUCUGGCUCUGUCGCCCAGGCUUGAAUGCAGUGGCAUGAUCUUGGCUCACUGCAACCUCCAUCUCCCGGGUUCAAGAGAUUUUCUUGCUUCAGCCUCCCACGUAGCUGGGAUUAUAGGUGCCUGCAACCACACCUGGUGAAUUUUUGUAUUUUUAGUAGAGAUGGGGUUUCACCAGGUUGGCCAGGAUGAUCUCGAACUCUUGACCUCAGGACAUCCACCUGCCUCGGCCUCCCAAAGUGCUGGGAUUACAGCCAUGAGCUAUUGCGCCUGGCCUAUUUUUAAUAUUUUGAGCAACCACCAUUCUGUCUUCCAUAGUGGCUAUAUCAUUCCCACCAACAGUGCAGAGGGUUCCAAUCUUCCCACACCAUCAACAUUUGUUAUUUUGUUUUUUUUUUUUUUGAUAGUAGCCAACCUAAUGAGUGUGAGGUGGUAUCUCACUGUAUGUUUUGAUUUGUAUUUCCCUAGUGAUUAGUGAUCUUGAGUGUCUAUUCAUGUGCUUAUUGGUGAUUUGUAUAUCUUCUUUGGAGAAAUGUCUAUUCAAGUUCUUUGCCCAUUUCAAAAUUCAGUUGUUUGUGGGUUUUUGCUUGUUUGUUUUACCAACCAAACAAGCGGCAGUGAUAUGUUUUUAUUGUUGAGUUUUAGAAAUUCUCUGUAUAUUCUCAGUAUUAAUGCCUUAUCAGAUGUAUGACUUGCAAAUAUUUUCUUCCAUUUUUGUGGAUUGCCUUUUUACUCUAUUGUUCGUGUCUUUUGAUGCACAAAUGUUUAAACAUUUCAUGUAGUCCAAUUUGUCUCCUUUUUUCUUUUGUUGCCUGUGCUUUUAGUGACAUAUACAAUAAAUCAUUGCCAAAUCCAAUGUCAUAAAUUUUGCCCUAUGUUUUCUUCUAACAGCUGUAUUAUUUUAGGUCUUACAUUUAGGUCUUUGAUCCAUUUUGAGUUAGUUUUUGUAUAUGAUGUUAGGUAAGGGUCCAACCAUAUUCUUUUGCAUAUAGAUAUCCAGUUUUCACAGUACAAUUUGUUGAAAAAACUGUCCUUUCUCCAUUGAAUGGUCUUGGCACCUUCGUCAAAAAUCAUUUAACUAUAUAUGUGAGAGUUUAUUUCUGGGUACUCUAUUGUAUUCCAUCGGUCUGUAUGUCUGUUUUUAUGCCAUUACCACAGUAUUUAUGACUCCCUCUGUCUAGUGGUGGUUCCCGGGUCCAGUUUUAUAGAACCCAGGACCUGAACUUUGCUGU